UCAAGAAGCAAUAGCGUUUUUUUUCAAGAACACGUUUUAUUGUGACGGUCAACACAUUUCUUAAUAUUUUCAGUCUACUCAAAAAUAUAUUUUUAAACUAAUUGUUCCAGUUUGAUUAAUUAUUAUGAUGAUAAUAAGUACUCUUCGUGUUCCUUUAAUAGCAUCACUUAUUUUUUUAUCUUUUAAAAACUUAAUUGAAGCUAAAUCGAUAAACUUUCCAGAAAAUAAAGAGAAUUAUAAUAAUAAGAGCCAUACAAUUCCAAAGAGAGUAUCAAUACCUGUCCAUUAUGUCAGUGGAAGCCACUAUGAAGUUGGGUAUAGCGUGGGACGUACUUAUGGUCAAAUGAUAAAAGAUUUUUUAAAAAUAUACAGCCCACUACAUGAUUAUUUAAAAUUGUUGGAGAAACCUGAAGGCCGUAUUAUAUAUGAGGAAAGCUUAAAAGCAACAGAAAAAUAUUUUCCGCAGUAUGUUACUGAAUUGCAAGGAGUGGCUGAUGGUGCAAAAGUUUCUUUUGAAGAGCUUUUCUUAAUGGCUUUGGACGACACAUUACCGAUGAACAUCAAUAAAGAACACAUUGAUAGGGGACCUGUUGGAUGUAGUUCACUUUUAGUAAACCAGCCAAAUGGUCAAUUCUUGGGACACACUGAAGACGCAUUGGCUUCAACGGAGGACAAUUAUUAUAUUAUAGCUGCACAUAUAAUACCCAACAAAUAUGAAUCAGGAGGUGUUUUCAAGGCUAGGGAAGAAAAAUUUGAGGCGCUAGCUUAUGCAGGACACUUACCUGGAUAUGCAAGUGGAUAUAACUACCAUGGCGUAGUGUUUUCUAUCAACACUAUUUUUGUAACAAAACCUCUUAGAGGUCGCAUACCUCGAGAGUUUAUCACCAGAGCUUUAUUGUCAUCCAGGGCUAAUAUGACUGAAAUUAUUGAAAUAUUAACCAAUGAAGGAGUAGGUACGGCAGAUGCAUUCCAUGUAAAUUUAGCGUUCUUAAACGUACCGAAAGAAUCUCGUAUAUUUCACUCAAUUGAAGUUUCCCCAAAUAGUAAUAAAUUUCAAUCGGAGGUGUUCACUGCUGACUUUAGUUUUGGAACCAAUUCUUUUCAUGCUAACAGGUUUCUUCAUUUGAAGUACUCAGAAAGUGAUGAUGAACUCUCUUAUGGUAGCAGUGUUAAAAGGGAAGAACGUUAUAAGCAGCUAACUGAAAACAAUACUGUAUCUAGUUUGAACGAUGUACUUAAUGUGCUAGGAAAUGAAGAUGAUGGCAAGAGUAGCAUUUUUAGAAAUAUUCCCGAUGAAUUGGUGAAAACAAUUCACUUGGGUGUUUUUGACUUAAAUAAAAAAGUCUGGAUGAUGUGGACCAAAAAUCCAAUUCACAAUCCACCGUUGGUACAAUUAUCACUCACAUUUAAUGAUUUACUCAGUUUACCAAUAAGAAAAGAUAUAGAAUCUAAUAAUAUAAAUGACACUACAAAUUAAUUAAUAAUUUAAAUUUGGAUUAACAUUAAUUAGUCAUUUAAGAAUUAUAUAAUUCUCAAUAAAAUUUAAUAGUUUAAGUUUAAUAAUUUUAAUUAAUUAUUAAUUAGAAUGAUUAAAUGAUUUAUUUAUGAAUUUAAAAUAAAUACAUUUACACGUAUGUAUAGUGGACAAUUAAAAAUUAAAUAAUUAUUGUAAAUUAAUAACAUUUAUUUUAUUAUUUUCAACAGUGGCGUGCCCAUGAAUUUUAAAUGGGGAGGGAUGUCAUAACUAAUAGUUAUUAAUACAACUAAAUAUAUUUAAUGAGGGCGAAAGAAUUAGAAAAAGACUAAUAAGGGGGCUUUAGAGGUCAAGCCUCAUUAAAAUAUUUAUUAAUAUUUUGUGUUUUGUAUAAUAUGAUGUAUUAUUGUUAUACAAAUAUACAAUGUAAUAGUUACAACUUUAUUCAAUUAUUGCUGUUAGGUACUCGAUGCUAGAAAAAAAAAACGCGAUGAGGAGGGAUAUGACCCCUCACCUCGCCCCUCUGGGCACGCCACUGAUUUUCAAUAAUUUACAAUAUUUUAGUAAAAUAAAAAAAUUUAUUUUAUUUUAUUAAAUUAAUAUUUUACUUCAAGAUUUACUUUUUGAGUUUUGAUAUGCCAACUUAAGUUUUGUGAUUGCUGUAUUUGUUUUUUUAAUCUUAAACUCAGUCUUUACUUUUAUUAAACAGUAAAUAUUUUUAAGAGGUUAUUAAAAAAA